UUUCUAGAAGGGUGUAAUAGCAAAAAUGGGGGUGUUAAUAUGAACACUCUAUCACACAUUGAUCUUCCUCAAGAAAAUCACAUUGAGCUUCGUAUUGUUCAGAAAACGUUGAAAAUGGAAAUCGAUGGCGGAACAACGAAUUCGAAUGCCACAACCAUAACCAUAAGCGUGAAGUUCAGUGGUUCCACAAUACCCAUUUCAAUUUCACCUCAAUCAACCAUCAAAGAACUCAAGUCCCUUCUUCUACCUGCCACCAAUGUUCUUCCAAGGGGCCAGAAACUCAUCUUCAAAGGGAAGGUUUUGGAAGAUUCUGUGACAGUGGCUGCUUCAAAUUUGAGUAAUGGGUCUAAAGUUAUGCUUAUGGCUUCUCAAGGUUUAUAUCAAGGGGAUGGUCCUGUCUUGAAGAGAGCUCAGGCUGUUCCAAAGAAAGAUAGCCACUCAAGCUCUAGUAAUGACGUGAAGAAAAUUCCGGUAAAGAACAGGUUGGAACGGUGGAAAGCAACAGGAGUUGUAGCAUUGUCUGAAUGCAACUUGGAGGCCAUACCUGAUGAGGUUUGGAUUUGUGGAUCCUCUGCAAGAGUUCUACAUUGCAACGACAAUUUACUUAAAAAAGUCCCUGUUGAAAUUUCACAACUUACUCGGCUAGAUAAACUAUUUAUUAAUUCUAAUAACUUGUUGGAUGAAUCAAUUAACUGGGAAGCACUGUCAAAUCUGAAGUACCUAACAGUACUAUCAUUGAACCAGAACCGUUUAACUACUUUGCCAUCUGUGUUGGGAUUGAUAACCUCUUUGAGGGAGCUGCAUGUCUCCAAUAAUCAAUUGGCUGGCCUUCCUGAUGAAAUAGGGCAUCUGACAAAGUUAGAAGUCUUGAAAGCCAACAAUAAUAGGAUGAGUAAAAUCAGUGAAUUUAUAGGGAAAUGUCAUUCGCUUGUUGAGGUUGAUUUCUCAUCAAAUUUUCUAUCAGAGUUGCCAGAGACAUUCAGUAGUUUUAGCAAUUUGAAGGCUUUGCAUCUUAGUAACAAUGGGAUGAAAUCCCUGCCAUCAAAACUAUUCAAGACUUGCUUGCAGCUUUCCACCUUGGAUCUUCAUAAUACAGAAAUAACUAUUGAUAUUCUUCGUGAGUUUGAAGGAUGGGACAGUUUUGAUGAGCGUCGGCGCUCAAAGCAUCAGAAACAAAUAGAAUUCCGAGUUGGAGUUUCUAGAGAUUUUGAUGAAGGUGCUGAUAAAAACUAAAUAGAAACUUUUUUAAACAUAUGUAAUGCAGUUCAAACUUGAUCAACAUUCCUUAACAUGCCUCUGGUGUGGUGCCAGAUUGGAAAUAUCUCUUCUAAUGUUCUUUCUUUUAAAUUGAGCAAUGUAUACAAUGUUAUCUUCCUAUAUGAUUAUUGGAAAUAUUUUUCUAGUGGACAA